GGGGGAAGUUCCCAGAUGCUGGGGGGUGCAUUCUGGGCGGUCCCGAAGCAACACGCAUUUGGGUUCUGGGGAAGCCCGCCGGGGGUCCCACUCCCGGGGAGGGACGUCUGGGGGUUCCCCGUCCGGUGGUUCCGGUGGUUCCGGGGGGGAACGCUCCCGCUGCAGCCCGUGCCGUGCCCGGGGCCGUGCCCGUGCCCGUUCCCGUCCGGGCGGGGCAGCGGCGGCGGCGCUUCCUGGUGCGGCGGGGCGGGGGAUGGCGCUGGUCACGGUGCGGCGGGCGGCGGGUUCCGCCGGGGACCCCGCGGAGGAAGAUGCGCCCAGACGCCGUCAGCUGCAGCGGCGAGCUUUGUCAUGGUCAAGGGCGCUGCCCUGCUGCUGCCCGCUGAGGAGCCGCUGGUGGCCGAGCCCCCCCCCGCUGUGCCCCCCGGCCAGGCCCCGGGGCAGCAGGAGCAGCACCUGCAGCUCAUGAUGCAGCUGCUGCGUCCCCAGGAUGCCAUCCGGCUGGCAGUGCGGCUGGAGUCGGCGCGGCCGCGGCGGGUACGGUACCUGCUGGUGGUUCGGCCCGAGGAGGAGGGAGCCGAGGGGCAAACAGCACUGCUGGGUGUGGACUUCGCCCAUGAGGGGGCUACCCGCUGCACCCUGGGCAUGGUGCUGCCCCUCUGGAGCGACACCCAGGUCUUCCUCGACGGCGAUGGGGGGUUCAGCGUGACGUCAGGGGGACAGACACGCAUCUUCAAGCCCAUCUCUGUCCAGACCAUGUGGGCCGUGCUGCAGGAGCUGCACCGAGCCUGCGAGGACGCGUCCCGGGGCGGGCACAUCCCCGGCGGGCCAGCACUGGCCUGGGCCCGCGGCUACGCAGCGGCGCUGAGCUCGGAGCAGAGCUGCCUCAACGAGUGGCUGGCCAUGGCCGACCUGGAGUCCGUGCGCCCCUCCUCACCCCCGACCCAGCGGCCGGCAACGCCGGAGCUGUCGGAGCAGGUGGUGCGGGGGCUGCUGCGGGACGUGAUGGCCAGCGCUGACCUGGAGAGCGUCACCUCCAAGGAGGUGCGGGAGGAGCUGGAGCGGCGCACGGGGCACAGCCUGGCACAGCACAAGGAUUUCAUCGACAACGAGAUGCUGCUGGUGCUGGCGCAGAUGGACCGGCCCUCCCACGUCUUCCCGCACCUCUACCUGGGCUCCGAGUGGAACGCAGCCAACCUGGAGGAGCUGCAGCAGAACCGUGUCACCCACAUCCUGAACGUUGCGCGGGAGAUCGACAACUUCUUCCCGGCGCUGUUCACCUACAUGAACGUGCGGGUGUACGACGAGGAGACGGCCCAGCUGCUGCCCCACUGGAACGACACCUUCCUCUUCCUCUCCCGUGUCCGGGCCAGCGGAGGCCGGGCGCUGGUGCACUGCCGCAUGGGGCUGAGCCGCUCGGCCGCCACGGUGCUGGCCUACGCCAUGAAGGAGUUCGGCUGGUCCCUGGAGCGGGCGCUGCGGCACGUCCGGCACUGCCGCCCCGGCGUCCUGCCCAACCCCGGCUUCAUGCGCCAGCUCGACUUCUACCAGGGCAUCCUGCACGCCAGCCGGCACAGCAGCCUGUGGGAGCCCAAAGCGGCGGAUCGGCCGCCCCAGCCGGAGGAGACACCCCCGGGGGAUGAGGGGGGCCUGUCCCCGGCCCCCUCCCUGCAGCCCCCCGAGGAGCCGAGCGGGCCGGGGCUGCUGGGGGCCUCUCGGCGCCCCCGCAUCUCCCUGUGCGCCGUCAUGCGGAGCAUCAGCCAGCUGGAGUCCCCGGAACCCCCCGGGCUGCCAGGGGAGCCCCUGGCCGGGGAGGUGUUCGCGGCCGCGGAGGCGCCGGGGGUCCCGGACGGGGACACCCCACCGGGGCACCGACCAUCCUCCCGGCCCCGCCGCGUGGUGCGUCAGGCCAGCCUGGACGGCGGCCCCGCCCCCGACCACGCCCCCGUGGAUGGCCACGCCCCACCCGCCACCUGUGAGCCCACCCCACCCCCCACCCCGUAACCCGAGCGGGGGAAUGGGGCACAGCCACCCCACUGCCAUGGCACCUGGGGAAGGAACGGGGCCAGGAAGCCGCCUCGCCCCACCGCCCACACGCUGCCUGCACUUUUGGGGGACGGAGGUGGCUCUGCCUCAUCCCCCCCACGCACAGGGACCCCACUGCCACCCCUCACUGAGAAUAAAGACUAGAAACUGCC